CCCUCGUCCCAAGAGCUUCUUGCAGAGAUCGCUGUUCGUUGCGGUUGCCUGCUAUUUAUUUCACCAUGGCCUGUGACACUCCUCUUCUUCUCCUACAUCACCUUGCCUUGUGCCUUUUAGAACCACAUAUCCCCUGAUCAACCAUCAUGCCUCCAUUACCGGGGGAAGAACGCCUGUUGACAGUUUUUGCGGAUAUUCAUUACUACUUCACUGACCCAACCCCCAAACCACUGCAGCAUCGGUUUGAUAAAGGCUCAUAUCUCUAUCUCUAUCACAAUGCGACUCAGCGUAAGACCAGGCUUGAAGUAGCAAACCAUCCUGGCUCGCCAGAACAGGAUGCGUUCAAUGGAGGUCUGGACAAUGUUCACUUUCUCCAUUCCACCAACUUCCCCACCCUGUGUACUUUGACUGUGGAGAGAGAGACACGGGACCAGCACCAGCAGGCCUUUCCGCCUCCUCCAGGCGCCACAAGUGCCUGUGAGUGGCAGUUGCCGAGCGGUGAUCCGCGCGACGGAUCCAGGGCCUUGUUGCGCCUCCAUACCCUGGAUAUCUACUUCUGGACCCAAGACGAUGCCACUCAAUUUCUCGAUCUGGUCGAGGUGUAUCUCCCCCAGACGAAUAUCUCAACGGAUCGACACCCCUACCCGCCUCCCCCGCAGAGCACCGUCAACCCGGUUGUGCAACAAUUGGAGAAUAUAGCCAUCUCCGAUCCCGCCUACCAGCAUGGACAUACCCGGGGACCUGGCGGAGAAAGUGUUUCCUCGACGCCCGCGUCCACCUUCCAGACAGCCGCUGCUCCCAGCGCUCUUCCACUCCCUCCCCCGCCUCCGCUCGGGGGACCAUCCCCUCCAACCCAGCAGACAGCGGCUGUACCUCAGCCUCCUGCAGAGGCGCAAAGAGACUCCCCCCAGUGUGCACCUUUGCCCUACAAUCCCGCAGCACCAGCUGCACCCGAGCCCAUCCAACAUCGCGAGAAAACGCCACCUCCAGUUGACGCAGGGGGUGGCACGGGGUUAGCUACAGCGGCGGUCGCCGACAAUGGUGUUCCACAUUCGCCUCCACCUCAUCUCACCGGCGCCGUACCAGCAGGCUAUGCACCUCCUCCACCCAGCGCAGGUCUGCCCUACAACAGCAUGCCCGGAGGCUACGUCUCACCACCCCCCAGCGCCGGACUACCCCCAAGUACCGGGUUCCCGCCAGCCCCAGGCCCGACCCACUCCGCCUCUCUAUCCUCCCGAUCGUCCGUGCAAAGCCCGCCAGGCGUCCCAUCCUACGCGCCAUCAUUCCUCACAGGCAGCACAGGCAGCCCCCAACCAGCAGCGCCCACCCCACCGGGCCCAAUGUCCUUUGCCCCUCCCCCCAGAGACCCAAACGCACACCUAUACAGCCAACCCCAACAGUCCCCGGGUCUCUACGCCCCCGCACCCCCACCACCACCCACCCAAGCCCAAGUCCAACAACCCGUAUCGUCCCCACCCCCAGUCGGCGGCUACUCAAACUACACCUACGACUCAACCCCGCAGAGACAACAAUCCUUCGGCAGCGACUACGACAUCCACAACCAACUCUACCGUCCCACCGAAGCCGAAGCUGGCACCAAACACCAGAAAUACGCCCAGAAGGCAGUGCAGAACCCGGGCUCGCGCCCGCGCAAGCUGGAGGACGGCGCAAGCCGGGUGGAAGCGGGUGUGAGUCGGCUGUUUAAGAAGUUGGAGAAGAGGCUUUGAUUUGUCGUCGUGGGGAUAGUGUUUAUUUAUAUAUUAUACCCUGGAUCUGUGAUCUGGUAGGGUCGUUGCUUUUUUCAAGUUGUGUUAUCUCGAUUUCUGUCCUCCUUGUAAUAUGAUUGGCGCUUAGGAAUAGGGUAUAGUAUUUACUAGGUAGUAUAUUCAG